AUGACGGCCCCUCCUAGUCCGUCAAACCCACCUCUGGAAGCUCAACGCUUUGGCAGAUCGCAGACGCCUGAAAGUCCACGUCCAAUCCACAUAGCUGAGCCCACUAAUAUUCCUGUCCUGCAAAACCAAAUGGAUCCCGUCUUCAAUGACACAGCCACCCACAAUGUCCCGCACGAUCAGCCCUUCGCCUCGUUCACAGAGCCUGCCCAACCCACCACAAACACCCAAAAUGACGAGAAUGACGCCGUGCAAGACUUCUUCAGAGCCGCAGAAGAAGAGUCCUUGAGAACGCUGCCACUGAACCCGCCCAACCAAGCCGCGACCGAGAUCACUGCCUCCACACUCGUCAACGGAUCUGCGCCCGAUCUUCCCGCAAAUGAUGCUCCUGCACCUGUCCUCAACGAUCACGCUGCCGUACUCGACCCGGCUGCGGAGCAUGAAGAGCUAGGUCAAGGCAUAGAGACCACAGUAUCAGAGGCGCAGGAAAAGACAGCACCAGCCGAGCCAGACGCGACCCAAGACAAGCCAGGCAAUGAUGGUGGUGUAGAUUACCAAUCUCUCCUUGACACCAUCUCCCAGUCCGCCUCUACAGCUCCUGCAGCUGAGAAUCUUACCACGCUCACAACCACCGCUCCCAUCGUUGAGCAUGAUCAAAGCACAAGCUCUUUGCCCACUAUACCAGGACUUCCUCCAAAGCCCCCUGCUAUUCAGCUACCCGCAGAUGUUACAUCCUAUCAAAUCCCCGAAUCUAGCCUCUCUGCUACUUCCGCGAUCGAUGGCCCAAUCUCCCAAGUCGAUAAGCUUGCUACCACCCAAAGUUUUGUCUAUGAGGCUUCUCCCAAUGCCGCUGCCAUGUACCCAGCCGAAGGUACGAGCCAGCCACAGUUCCUGGAGGACGAGCGUGGCUUUGUCACAGACGGUGUUUGGGACCGCUUUCCUGCAGGGUCUCGCUUGUUCGUUGGUAACCUGCCCAGCGAGAAGGUUACCAAGCGUGAUCUAUUUCAUAUUUUCCAUCGUCAUGGCAAGCUAGCCCAGAUUUCCAUCAAGCAAGCAUAUGGCUUUGUUCAAUUCCUACAAGCGUCCGAUUGUUACAAAGCACUCGAAGCUGAUCAGGGUGUCGAGAUACGCGGAAGAAAGAUCCACUUGGAGAUCUCGAAGCCGCAAAAGAACACGCGGAACAACAAGCAGAACGAUCGUGCUGCUAACAACAACAACCAGCAUCGACGAAGAUCCAGAUCACCAGCCCGGAGGGUGAGCGAUGACCGUCAUGACUUCCGCGAUAGAAGAGACAACUAUCGACGUGAACGCUCACCUUCGCCACGAGGGUACCGAAGAGACAGUGGGCGAUACGAUGCUCGAAGUCCACCACGUGCGCAAAUGAGUGUACAGACACAGCCAUAUCCUCCGGUCUAUCCACCAGUCUAUCAGCAGCCACAGCAGCCAUAUGACGAAGACGCUGCGCUCCCACUCCCGCGGCGGAACCCGCAAGACGUCCCUGAUGUCCAGCUCCUCAUUCUGGAUCAAAGCGUGCCUCAGGCCUUCAUCAACUGUCCGCGCCUGCCGUUACAAGCUGUGAUCAAGAGACAGAUACUGGAAGGUGUUCAUGCGAUUGUCAAGCUCCUGCAGGUCAACUCGAUAAGCUACAAGAUACCACUACAGGUAUUCGACAGGUCGUCUGGCGCGUCCAAUGUGAAGUUCAACGAAUACGUGGACCUUGACUUGAACGUCGCUGGAGAUAUCGUAGUCCACACAAAGCGGUCUCAGCCAUCGCCAUUGACCCCACAUCCACCAACGCCUGCGUUCAAUAACGCUCAGUACGGCCAACAACCUAUGCAGUCGCCGCAACAGUGGUCUCCGCAAGGCCAGCCGCACUAUCCUCCCCAAGGCCAACCACAGUACCAACCACAGUACCAGCAGCGGCCGCCGCAACCACCCUAUCCUUACACUCAGCAACAGCAACAGCCUCAGUACGGGCAACCACAGACUCCUACACCACAGUCAGCUGGCUCGAACGCGCCGAACCUCCAACAACUCUUGGCGAAUCUGAGCAAGCCAAACGAGCCUCAAUCGGCGGGACCUAUAUCAGCUCCAGUACAAGGUCGUCCUGAUCUUAGCGGACUCCUGAGUAACAUUGCUGCUAGUCAGCAAAAUCAACAGCAGCAGCCGUACUCGGCGCAGAUCAGUCCGCAGUCCUACGGUACUACUCCCAAUUCUGCUCAAGGCUAUGGACCGGCAGCGCAGAACAAUGUCUCGAACAUCAUGGCACAGCUAGCCAGAUAUCAGCGAUAG